AUGGCCCACUCACCGCAACCCCUGGCCACAUUGCAGCAGAUAGUGGCCACCCCCUCGGCGGGCGACGGUGUGCCCAGCGAUGUGGAGGGGGACUUGAGAACUGCUGGGUGUAUGCUCAUACAAGAGGCCGGCGUCAUGAUGAAGCUCCCACAAAAGACUAUGGCUACUGCCCAGGUAUUGCUGCAUCGCUUCUACUACGUCUCAUCGAUGUACUCUUUCAGCGUCAAUGACAUAUCAAUAUCGGCCCUUUUCCUCGCUUCCAAAUUACGUGAAACGCCCGUCCGCCUACGCGAUCUCAUCAACACAUAUCUCUUCCUCACUGCCAGAAUACGGCACUUGCUCGAUUUGCCUUCGGAUCAGCAUUUGACCCUUGAUCACUUGUCAUCUGGCUCGGCUUCGAGAGCGAGCAACGGGAACGAUAUCUGGAGAGGCUUCAAGUUCGAAAUACCAGGAUUUCAUGACGAGGUGUUUUGGGAAUGGAAGGAUGUGAUUACGGCUUCAGAGAUGCAGAUACUCAAGCGUCUGGGGUUCAACAUGCAGGUUGAUUUGCCGUACAACCAUAUGAUAAACUAUCUAAAGAUCCUGGACCUUGUAUUCAAAGAAGAAAUCGCCCAGAUGUGCUGGUCCAUCUUGAACGACAUGUUAUUAACGCCGCUCUACGCAAUCCACCCACCCCAUACCCUCGCCUGUAUAUCCAUCCUCCUUGCCACCCGCCUUUCCCGCCUACCGCUCCCUGCCCGGUGGUAUUUGUUGUUUGACGUGUCUUUGCAAGAGAUCACGAGCGGAUCCGGAGUUGUGAUGAAGCUGUGGCAUGAAUGGGGGCUCAAUACACGGCAUGGGCUGGGAACACAAAGGGCAGAAGGCGAGGGGGAUAAGGCAGAGCAAGAUAGACGGAGAGGAAAUGAGGCGCGGUGGAGGAGAGCCUGGGUUCUGGCACAGUCGAGAAAGGCAGUGCGGCGGUGGCUAGAAGGCGCCAAGUGA